AAGUGGAGGCGGAUCAUAUCAACAAUCUGGCUAUCCCCAAUAUCAACAGCCAGGGUAUCAUCAACCUCCUCCCCCUCCUCAUCAUGCCAUGCAACAAGGACCUCCUCAUCAACAUGGUGCACCUCCUAAAAUUCACGUAGGAUACUUUACCAAUUGGUCCAUUUAUGGUCGCAAAUAUCAUCCUAGCAAGAUUCCGGUCCAACAACUAUCGCACAUCCUUUAUGCCUUCGGAGAUGUACGAGAGGAUGGAACUGUGUUCCUGACAGACUCUUGGUCUGAUGUUGAAAUUCAUUACGAUGGUGACUCUUGGGAAGAUGAAGGGAAGAAUUUGUACGGAAAUUUCAAGCAACUGUUACGAAUGAAACAACAAAAUCGACAUCUCAAAGUGUUGCUCUCUAUUGGCGGUUGGACCUUUUCUUCGCAUUUCGCCGCUGUGAAAACUCCACAAGGCCGAACGCAGUUCGUACGAUCAGCCAUGCAAAUCUUGGAGGACGUGGGACUAGAUGGGUUGGACAUCGAUUGGGAAUAUCCGAAAAAUACACAAGAAGCUGAUCAAUACGUUCAAUUGUUGGGCGAAUUGCGUCAAGCUUUGGACGCUCGUGCCAAUGCGAUGCAAUCAAGACAUUGGCUCAGCAUUGCUGCUCCUUGUGGUGAACAAAUGCGAACGCUACACGUUAGCCGUAUGGACCCUUAUUUGGACAUGUGGAAUUUGAUGGCAUACGAUUUCUGUGGAACAUGGUCAGAAAGGUCAAGUCAUCAAGCAAAUCUGUUACCUUCACAAUCAUGCGAAGCAAGUGUGGAAAAUGCUAUUCAAUUCUAUACUUCACAAGGCGUCGCUCCUCACAAGUUGAUCUUGGGAAUGCCAUUGUACGCUCGAGCAUUUGCACAAACCAAAGGAUUAGGACAUAAAUUCCAUGGAGUACCCGAAGGUGGGGCAGAACCGGGAAAUUUCAAUUAUCGUGAUUUACCAUUACCGCAUCAUGAAGAACAAUUUGAUUCACAAGCUUUGGCACAAUUUUCCGUUUGUCAAUCACGUAAAGAAUUCGCAUCGUAUGAAGGACCCGAAAGUGUGGAUGCAAAGUGUGAUUAUAUUCAUAAACGUGGCUUAGGCGGUGCGAUGUGGUGGGAAGUAUCUGGUGAUGCGGAUGAAGAGAAAGGUGGCGUUGAACGUGCUUUGAUUCCACGAACGGCUUUUCGAUUAGGUGCCUUGGAUCCAACACCCAAUAACUUACGCUACCCUUACUCCCAAUAUGACAAUGUUCGCUCAGGACAACCUCUUUAG